UUUAUAUACUAGUAUGACGCAAUUGUCGUUGAAGGAAAUAGGCAUUGAGCCACCUACCAUUGUUCCAUGUCCCUACUCCAUUAAACAUAUAGUAUAAUCAUACCACUUUAAUAUCUCCAUAUACCUUGACUCCUCAUUCCAUAUUUGAUGCCAACACUAAUCCACAAAGCUACGAUCAUGCCUACCAUCAUCCCCUCCUCCUUCUCCAAUCUCUUCCUCCUCUUCUUCCACUUAGCCUGCUUCUGCUUCUCCUUCUCUUCCCACCACCACCACUCCCCCUCCUCUCUCCUCCACAAAAAACGCUCCCCUCCCAAUCCCAAUCCAAAACCCACCCUCUUCUCCUACCUCAAACGCCUCUUCACCCCCUCCUCCGCCACCCACAUUCCCCCACCCCCGCCUUCCAUCCCCUCCCCCUCCUCCUCCACCCGCUCCCUCCGCCUCAACCCGCCCCUCCUCGCCCCCAUCAACACAAGACCCCACCACCACACCCACGCCGUGGCCACCGCCGACAUCCACCCAUGUACCGUCUGCGGCGAGCUCUUCCAAACCCCGGCCUCCCUCCACAACCACCAGUCCUCCACCCACGGCGUCUCCCACCUCCCCGACGGCGACAACAUCAUCCGCAUCAUCUUCACCACCGCCUGGCCCCGCAAGCCCCCCUCCAUCCACCGCAUCCUCAAGAUCCACAACACCCCCAGAGUCCUCGCCCGCUUCGAGGACCACCGCGACCGCGUCAAAUCCGCCGCGGCCGCGAACGGGACCAAGAGCUCCAGGUGCGUAGCCGACGGCAACGAGCUUCUCAGAUUCUACUGCACCACGUUCCUAUGCAGCCUGGAUUCCGCCAUCUGCAGCCACCAGUUCUGCGGCGCGUGCGGGAUCAUCAGGUACGGCUUCUCGAAGAAGCUCAGCGGAAUCCACACGCUUCCCACCGCCUGGAAAGCGCACGCCGCCGUGCCGGAGGACGUGGAGGAGGAGUUCAGCUUCAUGCACGUCAAGCGGGCUAUGCUCGUCUGCCGGGUCAUCGCGGGUCGGGUCGGUAACGUCGACAAGGAUCGCGCCUUCGAUUCACUAGUGGGCCCCGGCGAAGACGAUCUGUUGGUUUUCAGCCCGAAGGCAGUCCUUCCCUGCUUUGUCAUAGUUUACACUCUAUAAUUAAUUAAUUAAUGCAAACCAAAAUUCUUCAUUUUUGAGUUAUUUUUAAUGACACAAUAUAUAUGUGGAUCGGUAAAGUAUCGAAUCUACGAUCUGGUAGAAGUUUUGGGUUUUGGGAGUGGGAUUAAUUGUUAGAGAAGUUUUGAGGUGGAAUAAGUGCUCUGUUGUCUAAA